UGCUUGAUUAAUAGUAUGUGAACGUUUCAACCGCAGUGGUGUCAUUUUGCUAGAUAAAGUUUGCGAAACAAGUGUGGCAGAGCCCGCACAGGUAACAGAUUAACGAAGUAAGAUCGCAACAUGGCAUGUGUUUUACUAUUCUUGGCGUGUUUAUUUAUCGGAUGUAUACAUUCAGCGUCUACACAAGGAUCAAAUUACGAUAACAAUCAUUAUUACUAUCGGGACGAUGGGCUUGCUAUUGCGAUUGGAAUUAUUGCCCUCUCGUUCAGCAGUCUCAGUCUGAUCUGUAUCUUCGUGGGUCUGAUCUGUAUCUGUGCCAGGAAAUGUUGUCGACAGUCUCCACCAGCAGCUUCUACUGUGGCAUUUGUUAAUGCAGUGCCCGGUACGAUGCAGUAUGGGCAACCACUUACUCAUGGUCAACCAAUGAUGCAUAAUCAACCCGCUAUGGGUGGUCAGCCAAUAAUGGAUAAUCAACCCGCUACGCAUGGUCAACCAAUGAUGCAUAAUCAACCCGUUAUGCAUGGUCAACCACCCAAGUAUGGUCAACUACAGUAGACGUUCAACAAAAAUGACGUCCCCAAUCACUCAUCUUCUUUCGCUAGUUGGGUCUGCAUUGGAGGCACCAUCAGUAAACAGUUUGGGAAGGGAUUGGUUCACAUUGUCUGUGUUAAAUUAAAGUGUCUAAAAACAUUAAGCUGAUUUAAGCAUUUCUUGAUUGUAUUUAGUUAGCAAACAAAGUUUCGUGAUAGACGAAUGAUUAAAUAAGUUUAUUAUAUCGAUAUUAAAACAUGUGAAAACUGAA